AAGAUGAGGGGGCCGAGAUGCAAUAAAGCAGACUCUCGCCAUAGAAUGUAGGACGAUUCCUAUUGACCCUGACCAUGAGGAAACGAGUCUACUACUCCAUCCAAUCAAAAAAUCCAAAAAAAAUCUUAGACGACUUGUUGAUAAUGACGCACCACAAGAACCCCACACCUCUCCCUUGAUACGUUCUUUUUCAUAAGUAGCCAUUGUUCCAUCUUUUUCCUUUCAAAUAUUUCAACUUGAUAAUCAACAGAGUACAACGAACAGCCACUUUCUCACAUCAACCAACGAUACAUGAGCAACUACAGCUGUGUCCAUUUUUGUAUUGUAGAAGCAAACGAGGAAGAUGAAAGCAGUGGAGAUAGAAGGUUUUAGAAGAAGAAGGGUGGUGGUGUUGCGGUAGAGAAGAUGCUACUGUAGAAAAAGAAGGUGGAAGUGAGAAGAAAAGAGAAAAAUGAGGAGAGUAAUCCAAGUCAACACGAGCCUCGAUUAAGUAGAACAAGGCCUACUAGUGCCGCGUCUUUUUUCUAGUACAACGAGCUUCAUCUUCAUCAUGCAACUCCCCUGUAUCUAAAGUACGACGAGGAUACAACCUGAACUUUUUACAACAGUAUUUUUUACAACUACAAGAAAAGAGCAAAAAAGAUGCUGAAAAGAUCCCCGACACGAGGGGAGAAGAAAUCCCCGACUACACGAGGGGAGAAGAAAUUCCCGACUACACGAGGGGAGAAGAAAUCUCCGACAAAUAAUGUGGGUCGUACGUCCACACGAGUUGUUAAGGCUAUCGCUGAAGCAUCCUCAGCACUAUCCUUGGCCCCCUUUUCAAGGGGAAAAGGGGCGCUGUGAUGGGCUGAGGGGUGCGACGCGGUAGCUCUAAAGUUGCUGGGCAAACACCGACGCCAGUUCUUGGUCUGAAAACCCUGAAAGGAGUAAGUCGUAAAUUCACGACCCGGGCAAGCGGCACAAGUAGUCCAAUGAAAAUGACAGCUCGCCUCAUGAGUGCUGGAGUGGUGAUUGUUAUGGCACUUCAACCAACUAGUAUGCAAGUUAUAGUAGCAAUGAUUAUGGAAAUUCAACGAACUAGUAUGCAACUUCAUAUAGUAGCAAUGCCAACGUUGAUUAUAAUGGCACUUCAGCUAACGAGUAUGCAAUUUAUAGGCUACUACCUUAAACGUGUGUUUGAAUUAAGUACGUCGUGUAGAUGAAAUUAUGGCACUUCAACUACUCAAUUCAAAAUACACGGAAUCGGAAAUGCUACUAUGAUCUUUGCAUCAGUUGGUUGAGGUAAGAAGUACGUCGCCGAGAUGAGAUUCUGUUUACGCGAUCUCGUUCAAGUAAUUCAAAAAAGAAUGGUUUAUCUUUUCAUCAGUUGGCUGAAGUAAGUAUUAAGCGUCGUUUUUAUUGUUCCUCUUUGUGCCGACGUGGGCUCUAACGUGGGCCAUGGCCGUGAGCUCACAAAGAGCAGCGAUCGACAUCCGCAGGCAGGGCCCAAGGAAGAGGGCGCGCGAGUCGUAGGGGAUUUAGCAGAUAUGCGAGGCAUGCAGGAAAGCGCGGUACAUGCGGCUGCGGCCGCAGCGAGGGAUGCGGAAAGGGUGGAGAAACAGGCGCAGGACGCGCACCAGCUGGUAGAGAAGGCGGCGGGGGAGGAGCAGGCACUACAAGCAGCGCGCGGGGCAGGGGAGGCAAAGGCCGAGGCUACAGCAGUGGCGAAGCAAGCGCAGGAUGCGGAAAGGGAGGCAAAGGAGGUGGCGGCGAAAAUGCAAGCGACGAUGGAGCAGGCAAAGGAGAUCGUGGGCACAGUGCAUAGGAUGAAGGAGGAGAUGCUACAAGCAGCGACCAGAGCAGGGGGGGCAGAGGCUCAGGCAACAGCAGCGGCACAGCAAGCGCAGGCCGCGGAAGAUAAGGCAAAGGAGCAGAGGGAGGCGGCGGCGAAAGCGCAGGCGGCGGCGAAAGCGCAGGCGGCGGCGAAAGCGCAGGCAGCGGCGAAGCAGGCAGAGGAGGCCAGGAGAUCAGCGGAUAUGACAGAGGAGGAGGCGAACUGGUCCGACUUCGCAGGCCAGCACCAUGAAGAUGAACGUGAAGAUGCUGCAACGGAUGAAGAAGUUGAGGCAGAUGUGCCAGGGAUCGCGCGGUGCUGUCAGGCCAAGAUGACAAUUGAGGUGAACUAG